AUGGCUCGGACGGUCGUUCACUCUGGCGCCAUGCUUUCGCCAUGCCAUUCCACGUCGUCAUCCGAUGAUGCGCCUUCAGUCUCUACCUCACACAACCAGCGAUGCCAACCGUAUCCUCGAGCUUCCCAUCACCAUGCUAUUCGCAAUGCCAAUGCACGCGACGCCAUCGACGCUCGUGCAGCUGACUCCGUCAAAGAGGAUGCCGCCGCCAUCACAACUCCUGACACCAACCGCUCCGUCAGUACGCUCACUGGUGCCGCCACCUCCGCGAACCGCAUAGCUGCCAUAAUCGCUGCCAACCUUGCCAAGCGGGCAAUUCCUACCAACCGCCCAGCGUCCUCGAUUGCCCCGAAGAGUCAGAUCACUGUGGUGCAAGAGUCAGGGAGCCCGUCUUCAUGCAGGGCCACCGCCAACCACUCCAUGCCUCACAGCCUCGCAGAGCCUGCUGAUGGCGUAGGCCUCCCUGCCAAUGCAGACGGCAGCAAGGAGGAUGAGGAUGACGGCCUUGAUACCAUCUAUAUCCUCUCCAAGAAAGAUGACGCCAUCAUCCACAAGUACCUACCUGCCUGGAAGAAGCUUUCGAAGGCCCGGAAUGACAAAGCCCAGCAUGCCCUGGUGUGCAAGGUUGCGGGGCUCAUCCUGGGGGAGAAGGAGUGCUCGUUGGAAAUAGAAGUGGACGUUGAAACUAGCGUGGAAGCAACCUUCAGGUUGCACUCCCGAACACGGCCGCUGCACUCCGGGAAGUGGACCUCGUACAAGGUCCUCGACUACAAGCACGUGCGGACUAUCCGCAAGGAAAUGCGUGUCGUCUGGGCAUCGCUGUAUCCUGACCAACCCACGGUUGACACAGGGGACAAGAAAAGGUGGCUCGGCACUUGGAGUAUUGCGCGCAAGGUUGUCGCCCGGCACCUCACAUGUGCUCAAUGGGAUGCUCUUGACGCACUAGCUGACCGGUGGAAUAUCUCGGGCCCGCCUGACGAUGUUCAAGAAAGGGAAUACGACCGUCAUUUUAUUCCCAGGAUGAAGACUUUUAUGACUGAAGCAGCUCGGGACUGUGGCGUCCAGUUGUCGGCAUUGUGGGUCCAUAAGAACGCAAAAGGGCAGUUGGUCUAUGGUUGGACCGACGAGCUUCUGAAGGAUGUCGACACAUUCAAGACAUCGCUUGGGGAUGCGAAAGCAAAACGCCUGCUGUUAGCAUGGGCCAACCAUAACGACCCUGAUGAAGUGUCUAGCGAUGAUGACGGCGGCAGAGCUUCUAGACCUGGCACAGCUGGCUCAAAGCGCGAUGUCGUUGUCGCCCUUGACGACAACGGUUACCCUCUGGUUCCAUCUGAGGUAGGCUGUAAUGCUAAGAGGCUGCAGAAAAUAGUUCGCGAGGUCAUGCGGGCUUCCUUCCGAUAUGAUUUGCCGUCGUCGCAACAGGGCGCAUGCGUGCCUUGGAGUGAACUACGGGCAAAGCCUUUGGCCUUCAUUUCCCCUGACUAUCUCCCACGCGGGAGUUGGGGCCAAUUCGACGACCCGUCAAAAAUGCUUGACACCGCAUGCAAGGCUCUCAUCCGACAUUGGCGACUGAGACAGAACAUCGGCCCUGACGCCGCCUUCCGAUUUUUACCUUCCUUCAUUGAGCUUAGAGGUGGACGCCCACCUCGGAGGAAGUCGUUGCUGAUGCCCAUCAAGCCGACUCCCGCUGCUCCCACAGCGGCUACAUUGUUUGCGAAGGCCGCGGCGGCGUCAAAGAAGAGUGUGACAUCAGCCCUGAGAUCAGCGGCCAGCGAUGCUAACGCACAGACAUUCGAAGAAUUGUCUACAACAGCGGCCUCAACAUCACGCCCGAGCGCAUCUCGUACAUCUACGCCAAAUCCACAUGCUCCCAAACCCCGAGUGUCCAUACCGAAGCCGCGACUUAUCACCAAACACCGCGGCGCUAUCCUCAGUGCUCGACGACUCGACGGCCGAAACGCCUACAGUGAACAAGAAAGCGCGGAUGAGGUUGAUGAUAUCCAAGAUUGGGACCUGCCUGAGUCUCUAGCAAAGAGUCUAGGCGUCACACCGACUAAGAAACGGCCUCCAGUCACGGAGUGGUCUCCAAUCGAGGUUACACCGAAACUUCAGAGAAUGAAUGACAACCUCACCCCAGUUCAGCGGCGUCGCCGAGCCCCAUCUCCAGCCUCGGACAACGACGAGUUUGAGGAUGACCAGCCCGAAGAUCCCAAGAGCCCAGGGCCCAUGGAGGAUGAGGUAUACUUCAUGGGCGAGGAGAACGCGCGCCCAACAAGACAACGCAAGCGUACGGAGAAGGGCAGUCUCUGGAAGCAAAGCAUGGAGGAGCGUGUGAAACGCCGCCAAGGAGGUCUUGGUGUUAUUUUGGAAGAUUAA